AUGAUACUCGCAACCGGCCACCACCAACCUGCCGCUGCUCACGGGCUCGCCGCGGGUGCCUCCGCCGCUGCUAUGCCUGUGAGCAGUUGGCCUUUGUAUGGCUCUGCGGUGCCGAGCCAGCAGGGAGAUCACUCGGGCCUCGUCGCGGCACCGAUUCCGGCGCCGACGUUGGGCGUCGAGCUUGACGGUGCUCAGGAAAUGACCACCAACAACAAGCGGAAGCGCGAGGAGCAGUCGUCGGCGGCGUUUGGCGCGGCCCAGGCGCAUCAGCAGCCAAUGGUCGUCGACCGCAGCCUGCGCAACGAAGCAGAAAGGUUUUGUAAUACUUUGGAGGAGGAGAUGCGGAGGCAUGAGACGCUCAUGCUCUCGACCGUGGAGGCCAUGGUGGAGAAGCGGCUCUUGGCCAAGGACCAGGAGAUCAUGCACAACUGGGGCGUCAACUGUGCACUCGGGGAGCGCCUCAGGACCCUCUACAUGGAGGCUGAGGCGUGGCGCAUGGACGCGCAAUCCAAGCAGACCGAGGCCAACGUGCUCCGCGCCGACCUAGAGCGGGCGCUUGCCCAGCAAGCGGUCCGUUACCGUGGCAGUGGCAGCGGUGAAGGUGAAGGUGAGGACGACGCCGAGUCAUGCUGCUGGGGGGACUAUCACGUGGCAUUCUGCGGGGGGGAGGAGGUGGAGACGCCGGUGGUGGAGCCUCCGGUGACAGGAGCCGGAAUGUGCAAGGGGUGCAGUGAGAAUGCGCCGGUGGUGGUGCUACUGCCGUGCCGGCACCUCUCCAUCUGCGGGCCAUGCGCGGAAGUAGCGUCGGGGUGCCCAUCGUGUGGAUGCGCCAAGCAGGGCAGCAUCUACAUCAACUUAUCGUGAUGCAAGGGUGUAAUAGUUCUUGGAACGCAUGAACCGGCCGGCGCCAGGCAUCAGACGACGCGCAUUGUCGAUGAAUCGCCGAACAUUCAUGCAUCAUUAUUUCCGUAGUUUUAGAGUCGACAUUUUGUUUCAUUCUGAACCUUUUUUCGAGUCGACUUUUGUAAGUUAUGUUUUCUUCUACUUCGUUUGUU